AUGACCACAAUUCCAGCCGUCCUGCACCGCUCCGCGCGGGCCAUCACUCUCGAUGAGUUCCUCGACGCACUGCGGGCGACAUGCACGCCGCGCUUCCAACACAUCCGCGAGCAGGUUCCACGACCAGUCGCUCUUGCCAUUAGCGGUGGGGUCGACUCCAUGGCCUUGGCCCACCUCUGCGCUACCGUCCAGAAGGAAAAAGCAAAGAUUGGCGGCGUCAUGAUCUCGGACAACCCCCUCAGCAGCUUCCGGGCCUUCGUCGUCGACCACGGCUUGCGCGAGGGCAGCUCGCAAGAGGCCAGGAGCGUCGCCGGCGCCAUCGCAAAGCACACUCAUCCCGUCAAACCCCACCUACUGAGACUUCGCUGGGACGAAGUCAUCCCCAGUGACGUCCACCCUAGCACCCUGCCCAACGUCGAGACUCUGGCUCGCCGCCUCCGCUAUCGCCGCCUUGGGACUGUGGCCCAUAAGUGGUUAAUGACGUCCAUUUUCACUGCCCACCACGAGGACGACCAGUACGAGACGGUGAUGAUGAGGUUGCUAUUGGGUCACGGUUACCGCGGACUUCAAGGCAUGCGCCGCGCUACCGACAUUCCCGAGUGCCAUGACUUGCACCUGGUUAACCGAAGCGGCUUCGUCGACGACCAAUUACAGAAGAACCCUUUUCAUAACAACAUACCCACCAGCACGCAGAGGAAGGGGAUAAGGAGGGAAAUGCGCGAAGAAGCCGAUCACGCCGCCCUGACUCGCGAGAUGGCAGUGAGCAUACGGCCUCUGGACGACCACUUGGCAUUUCUCGACGCAUACUACGGCGGGGCAGGCGGGAGUAAGCGCGCCCCUCCUCUGGCGCCCUUGGACAUGGAGGAUGGCGGCAUCUCCAUUUUCCGGCCCCUGCUGCACUUUAGCAAAGACCGGCUCAUCGCGACCUGCGUUGAGAACGGCAUACCCUGGUUCGAGGACCCGACUAAUGCGGACCAGACCAUGACCAUAAGAAAUUCCGUCAGGCACAUGGUCAAGCACCACGAGCUACCCACAGCUCUGCAGAAGCCGGCCCUCCUUGACUUGUCGGCUCGGUGUCGAGCCAGGGUGGCCGCCGAGGAGGCCGAGACAAGGCGCAUGUUCAAGCUCGUCGUCAUGCAUAACUUCGAGACUGCUACCGGCACUGUCUUGGUGGAGCUGCCGCAGUUCUCGCUUCCAACUGUGCCGGCGAGAUGCUCAAGUCCCGUAGCCCGCCGCCAAAAGCGGCUGGACCGCUAUCGCCUUGUUGCGGCUCGUAUGAUCCGGAAGCUUCUUGCCAUGGUCACGCCCGAACAAGAUAUCACCCAGGAAGCCCAGUUGGGCCAUCUGGUCUCGAUGCUCUUUCCAUCACUGACAGGAGAGGACGCUCUCAAAACUGUCGAGCCAAAGCCCUAUGUCAUCUGCGGUGUACAAUUCACUCCACUACUAGGGACACAGCCGCUUCGCUGGAUGCUGGCACGAGCGCCCUACGUUUCCAACGUGCCGCGGCCGCGGUUGGUACGAGCGUGGAUGCCGCUUCCCGAGGGCUGGGAAGAGCCGGCGGAGUUCUACAAACGGGCCAAAUGGCACGAAUGGGAACUUUACGAUGGUCGCUACUGGGUCCGCACCAAGAAUAGUUUCCCCGUAAAGAUAAUCGUCGCACCGUUUGAAGCAGAGCACCAGAAACCUUUCCGAGAAUCUCUGGCCGACGACAAUGUCAGGGACAGGUUGUCCCGGCUGCUCAAGGUGCACGCCCCGAGCAAGGUCCGAUACACGCUGCCGGCCAUCUACGCACAAGCAGACUUGCAUCUCAUUGCGCUUCCCACCCUAGGGGUUCAGUUACCGGGGGUUGAGGACUGGCUGACGUGGGAGUUCAGGUACCGCAAAGUCGACGUCAGUCCGCUACGGCUGGACUGGCGUCGGAGAAGCAGCCACGGCGGACAUGGUCCGCGCGGCCGAACAGCAAGGCGGAGGCGGCAGUAUUUGCGGCCGUUCCCUUAG